AUGCAGCUAUACUUAGGACAUUAUUUCACUCUGGUUGGAAUUCAUAAGUUCCAUGACGAGGCGUAUUGGCCGAAGAACAUAACGAACAUUGAAGUUGAGGAAAGGCGACGCUUGUAUUGGUCAACCUACACCCUUGACGUUUUCAUCUCCAUCGUGUGGAACGGUAGCGUCCACGCAUACGGGGCUAACGCUCGAGUUCACUAUCCGACAGAAGUCGAAGACGAACUCAUUACACCCCUCGCCACGUUGCCAUCUCCAAAACCCACGAUCUCGUGGCUGCGAGGUUGGAAUUUUACGACUGACCUUUAUCUCACGCUGGAGCAUGCCUACAGCCAGCUACGAAAACCCGCCGCCCUCAUCGACAACCGUAUUGACGUCGCCGCCAUAUUCGGUUUGCCUACGUUGCUGUCUUCCCAUUCCUCCGCCGCCGUGCUAGCGUCUAUAACUGAGCGUUACCACGACCUGCCGUCCAAUUUCAAGAUAUUUGCACCACCUACAGGAAAUCCUCUUCGCGACAUCUUUGGCUUCCAGGCUGCGAAUAUUCAGGCGACAUUGUUGUUGUUACGUAUGCUCUUUCUCAGCAUUGACGAUGACCAUCGGCAACCCCCGGACGUGCAGCUCAAAUGCAACGUUGCGGCGGAGCUCCUUGCUGUUUUCCAGACUAUUCCCACCGCUUACCUUCGCGGAAUUAGUACUCCUCUCAUCUAUCACCUCGCAGGCAUAGGCACAAUCCUCGGCUCUGUCAUGGAAGCCCCGCUCUCUGAGGCUGCAUAUCACAGGGUCAGGAGCAUGUUGCUAUCUAUUGCAGAUUUGCUCGAGAGCCUCGAAAGCGGAUUGUCUCGUGCGACCGAUAUUAGUAAGGGCUUGCGCGCACAGGUAGAGCGUAUAGACGAGUAUAUGCGUGCUCAGUGCUGGUCAGUGGGGAGAUCUUACACGCCGCUGCAGUCAAAUCAUGGUUCGUCUGUGGACUCCUUAGUUCAGCAGCAGCAACCGCGUUUAGACAGAAAUGUGGGCAUAGAUACAGGUCGAGCUGGUAGCCAAGAAGGUGGCGCGCAAUCAACGGAAGUGGAAGAAGGAGGUAGGGUGGCUGAAGGCGAGUUCCUACACGGUUGGAUGGGCGAAUUCCAGCUCCCAUCUGAGCUACUCGAGGACUGGCCAUUCAAUUUACAACCAGAGAGCUGGUCAUUCUUAGGAUUAGAGUAG